GUCAAGUCAUCUUGUGAAAGACUGCCUGCUUCCAGCUUGGCUUGGAUGUGCAACCUUAAUAAAACUCACUGAGGUCUGGGAGAAAAUAGCAGAUCUGCAACAGAUAGGGUAGAGGAAAGGGGCUAGAAUAUGUACACGCAGCUGACUCAGGCAGGCUCCACGCUGAACGGUUACAUAGAGAGGAAACAAUAAAUCUCAGCUACUAUGCAAUAAAUAUUUCAAGUUUUAACGAAGGAAACUAUCAUUACAGUGAAAUAAAAAAAUAACAUUUUAGAACAAAGCUAACAAAUGGCUAGUUUUCUAUGAUUCUUUUUUCAAACGCUUUCUUUGAGGGGGAAAAAGUCAAGCAAACAAGCAGUUUUACCUGAAAUAAAGAACUAGUGUAAAGGUCAGAAGAGAGGAGCAAGUUUUGCGAGAGGCACGGAAGGAGAGUGCGGGCAGUACAAUGACAGUUUUCCUUUCCUUUGCUUUCUUCGCUGCCGUUCUGACUCACAUAGGGUGCAGCAACCAGCGCCGAAGUCCAGAAAGCAGUGGGCGAAGAUACAACCGGAUUCAGCAUGGGCAGUGUGCCUACACUUUCAUUCUUCCAGAACACGACGGGAACUGUCGUGAGAGUACGACAGACCAGUACAGCACAAACGCUCUGCAGAGGGAUGCUCCACACGUGGAAACGGAUUUUUCUUCCCAGAAACUUCAACAUCUGGAGCAUGUGAUGGAAAAUUAUACUCAGUGGCUGCAAAAAGAGUAUCUGUUGUGAAAACCCCACUUUGAAAAAGAAAACCAAAGCAUGCACUUCUCAAGCAAGUUGGUGAAAAAGAAAAUCAUAAUGGCAAUAUUGAUAAUAGGAUCAACUAGAUUUUACCGCAGGACAUUUUGUGCAGCUAGGAUGGGAAAUCAUCACAGAAAUGUUUGUUUUUUUCAACAUUGAUGGUUAAAGAGAUUCUAUAUGUAAAUAAAGAGCUGUUGAUUUCAGCAAGUGACAGGAGAGCAGAGGACUUAUA